AAGCUAUGAUCUGAGCCCUGAGCAGCUUCCCUUCCUGGCUGGUGAAGUCAGAGUUCUCAAGUGUAGACCAGAAGGACUAAAGAAGGUUACAUUACCAGCUACACUGGCUGAACAACUCCCAGGUGUGCCAGAAGUUACAGAUCUUCGCAUGACCCCCUGCCAGCCCCCCCCCCACCAUCAAAAUCGCCAGCUAUACUAUCCAUACAAAGUGUGGGGUCUCAAUUACAAAGAUGAAAGAAGGCUGUGUCUAUAUGUAGGAAGAGCCACCGCCACCGGGACAUAGCUCGUGUCCUGGCUGUUUCCUUCCUGGACGACACCUGAUUGCAUGACCGGCUCCCUCUGUGCGCGCGACCACUCUUGCUCUCCCAGCCUCCUCGCUCUACCGCGCACUCGCAGCUCCCUAGCGACACCAGCCUUCAAGCUGGGGGGUGGAGAGAGUCGGGGUGCGCAAGUGGGAGGCCUCUCCCUCGGGAGCCUGGGAGAUCCCUGUCGCCAGGAGGGGCCGUGCCACCGCCCUCGCGGGAACCCGAGCAUUGAUCCAGAGCCUUCCCAACUUGGUGGUGCCCUCAGACUCAGGUGGUCGGGAUGGAUCUGUCACCCCGCAACCGGCCGCUGCUCGACUCCUCGUCGCUGGACAGCGGCUCGCUGACCUCGCUGGACUCCAGCGUAUUCUGCAGCGAGGGCGAAGGGGAACCCUUGGCUCUGGGGGACUGCCUCACGGUCAACGUGGGCGGUAGCCGCUUCGUGCUCUCGCAGCAGGCUCUGUCCUGCUUCCCGCACACGCGGCUGGGCAAGCUGGCCGUGGUGGUGGCCUCCUACCGCCGCCUAGGAGCCCUGGCUGCGGCUCCCAGCCCCCUGGAGCUUUGUGAUGAUGCCAAUCCGGUGGACAACGAGUACUUCUUCGACCGGAGCUCCCAGGCGUUCCGCUAUGUCCUGCACUACUACCGCACUGGUCGUCUGCACGUCAUGGAGCAGCUGUGCGCUCUCUCCUUUCUUCAGGAGAUCCAGUAUUGGGGCAUCGACGAACUCAGCAUCGACUCCUGCUGCAGGGACAGAUACUUCAGGAGAAAGGAGCUGAGUGAGACGCUUGACUUUAAGAAGGACACGGAUGACCAGGAGAGCCAACAUGAGAGUGAACAGGACUUCUCACAAGGACCUUGUCCCACUCUCCGCCAAAAGCUCUGGGACAUCCUGGAGAAACCUGGGUCUUCCACAGCAGCCAGGAUCUUCGGAGUAAUCUCCAUCAUUUUUGUAGCAGUGUCCAUCGUCAACAUGGCCCUGAUGUCAGCUGAGCUAAGUUGGCUCAACCUACAGCUGUUGGAGAUCUUGGAAUAUGUGUGUAUAAGCUGGUUCACCGGGGAAUUCCUCCUGCGCUUCCUGUGUGUGAAGGACAGGUGCCGCUUCCUGAGGAAGGUGCCAAACAUCAUAGACCUCCUUGCUAUCUUGCCCUUCUACAUAACUCUUCUGGUGGAAAGUCUGAGUGGCAGCCACACCACACAGGAGCUGGAAAAUGUGGGGCGCUUGGUCCAGGUUUUGAGGCUCCUCAGGGCUCUGCGCAUGCUAAAACUGGGAAGGCAUUCUACAGGAUUGCGCUCACUUGGGAUGACAAUCACCCAGUGCUAUGAAGAAGUUGGCCUACUGCUCCUGUUUCUAUCUGUGGGGAUUUCUAUAUUUUCUACAAUAGAAUAUUUUGCAGAGCAAAGCAUUCCUGACACAACCUUCACAAGUGUUCCUUGUGCAUGGUGGUGGGCCACAACAUCAAUGACUACAGUAGGAUAUGGGGACAUUAGACCAGACACCACCACAGGCAAAAUCGUGGCCUUCAUGUGUAUCCUAUCUGGAAUCCUUGUCUUGGCCUUGCCUAUUGCCAUUAUUAAUGAUCGCUUCUCUGCUUGCUACUUUACCUUGAAACUCAAGGAAGCAGCCGUGAGACAGCGCGAGGCUCUCAAGAAGCUUACCAAGAACAUUGCCACUGACUCCUAUAUCAGUGUUAACUUAAGAGAUGUCUAUGCCCGGAGCAUCAUGGAGAUGCUUCGAUUAAAGGGCAGGGAAAGAGCAAGUACUAGAAGUAGUGGUGGAGAUGAUUUUUGGUUUUAAGUUUACUUUCAACUUACUUGCAAAAUCGAUGUACAUUUGACUGGAUUGAUGAAGCCUUGCUACUAUGGAUAUCUGUAUAUUGAUGAUGAGUUUCUUAAACACUUCUCAUCUUCUUUCUGGUGUAUUGAUUUCCUAGAAUAUUUAACAUCUCCUAUAGCAACUACUGAUUAUUUUGACAUACUUCUCUUCACCAUAGCUAAUUGAUACAACCAAAAUUAUUUGGGAAAAGAAAUGCAUAUCUAAAUUUUCAGAUAUUAGUUGAUAUAAUUUCAUACACCAAAUUUUAAAGAUUCGUGUAUCAUUGUUUUAGAUUUCCACAGCUUUUAGUAAUUUUUAAUCAAAGUUGAACUGCUCAUCCCAGAGGGAAAAAAUUAGUGAACAUUUAAAACCACACUGAACAUCUUUUGGCUAUUUAGAAAUAGCCUCCAAAUAAAUUACUUUUUCUAUAUAUAAAUUAAAGCUGUUGAGUACAAUGUUAAGCUUUGCAAGAAAACACGCAAACUUGGUGAUCAUAGCGAUUGCUUCAUCUUCCAUCAAGUGCAAAUCACUGGGCCCUCACAGACAGAGCUCUGCCCUUUGUCAUUCCAGUUGCAAGGGACCUCAAACUGCUGAGUGCAGGGGGUGAGGCUUCAAGUGCCUAGACAGCUUCACCAUCACAACUGAGCAAGAGGUGUGAAGAAGAAAGGAGCACAGUUCUUUGUGAAACUUAAGACGGUUUGUAAAAUGUCUCAUUAUGGAUGAAUUAUUUAAGUUCUGCCUUCAAAUUCAUGAAGUCAUGAAUAUGUAAAGGUGAAGUGGUUAAGAUCCUAAAUUUAUUCAUUGAAAAGAUUAGAUAGUCUUUUUAUAAGUGAAAAUAUGUUGAACAGCAUCAUUAGAUGAACUCGAAGAUCUUUUUAUUGGUUAAAAUUUUAUUGGUGGAAAGCUUUCUGAUUGUUGAGGUAAAUAACAAAUGUUCAGACUUUGCAGGCACUUUGACAGUAUUUAUGGUAAUGAUACAAUGCCUAAAUGUUGUGGCAUAUACUUAAAGCCAAAAGUUUUAGUUAAGAAAUAACCCCGGUUUUAAUAUAAAAGCGAGCAAUUUUUACAAAAGCCUAGCAAAGGAUUUCCUUAUUGCCUACUUUCUUGAUGUAAGCAAUAAAGUUCCUAAAGAAAAUAAAAUUGGUUCUGGGUCAGAAAUUUUAUUCUUUGAUUUAUAAAACAAACCUACAUGAA